CUUUCCUCUUCUCCGCUUCCGACCCUCAUCCAAGGUAGGAUGGAAACCGAAAGCCCCGCUGAUGGGGUUUCAAGAGACUCAGAGCACUACCACGAUGACGGCGACCUUGUUAUUAGAGCGGAAUCAACGCUCUUCAAUGUCCAUCGCUUCAUCUUCCGAGACUCUGCAAUUUUCCGCAGCAUGUUUACGCUCCCCGUGGGCCCCGGCGCUGCUGCAGAGGGCUCCUGCGACGGAGCCCCGCUGGUUCUGGAGGGUUACAGUGCGGACGAAUUUCGCAUGGUGCUGAAGUGGAUGUACUCUCGCCCCCUCGCGCUGAAUGUCAACACACUCCCCUCGGAUGUGAUCGCAGAGGUUAUCCCGCUUGCUGCGUUUGCGCACAAGUACGAGCUCGAUGCAUGGAGGGAGUGGUCACUCUCGGUCAUCGACUAUCGACUGAAGCCGGCGAGAAAGAAGGAUUCUGGCAAGCUUCCACUCUCUCGCCUGCAUACUUUGUUCGAACGCAUGGACGACUCUCCAAGGCGAUCGAGAAUCAUGAACAUGUGGAUAGAGUCUUUGCAAGAAAAGACGUCAGUACCGAGUUGUGUUGAAGCGAUCUCUGCUGCCGAGCGUGUCGGCGACAGGGAGAGCUUAGUCAGACUAUACAUGAUCUUCAUCCGCCAAUCUUGCGUCGAGCCUCAGACCAUGCUGAUCAACCCCAAGCCGCUCCGGAUCGAUCAAGUGGGACUGGAUCCGAUCCACGUCCAGCGCAUUCUCAUGGGAUACAUGUCACUCGCUCUCGGAUGGUCGGCCUGGCGUGCAAAGCCUCCAAACGACCUUCCCUUUCCUGAGGGUAAAAAGUGGGCCUUGACGGAAUCUGUGGCGCGUGAUCUGUGGCUCAGCGCUGUGGAGAAAGCGGAGAAAGCAUAUCCAGCUGUCAUCGAGGUUCCCCAAAGACUCGCCACAAUAGCUGACGACUUUGGACGGAGCUACAUUGUAACCAUGAAUCCAUUCGCGACGGCCCAAAAUUCUUCCCUGACUCAGUAUCCCAACGAUCUGCAUUCUUUCUUCGAAGCAUUCAAGCUUCUGCACCAUUUCUUUCCCGAGUAGAGGACGAGAGCCAGAUACAUAGGUAUGCCGAGGGUGUCACGGAAUUCUGUUGUGAAAGCAUCAAGAGAUGAUCUAAAGGAUAUGGCACAUUACCUGCGCUUCUUGGAAUGCAUUUUUUUCAUCGAUUUGAGUGCUGAUUGAACUCAGCGAUACGUCCGUCAUUUUAGAAGCCUCAGAAUCAUAGCAAUAUCUAUCUUUGAAGCGGCACCCCGUUCGAGCCCGUUUUCCACAUUCUAAAAGACGGACGCUGUGUUGAGUGUCGAUGGUGCCGCGCGUCCCUAGUCAUUCAGACGUAUCCACCGAUGUUUCGGCAAUGUAUCGAUCAAUUAUCCUUCCUCUCACCUAGUUAUCAUGAAUGAAAAGAGGCGAACUGUUU